GCUAGGUUCCUGCUCAACGCUUUCCAACCUAAGAAUAUACAUAUGAGUGUGCGCCUGUGUAAUAUCACAGUUAUUAGGGGAAUUAUCAUGGUUGCAAACAUGGGUCAUCCCAAUUACAUCCACCCGGAUCUCCAUGUUGCGAAAAUUGCCACCCCGACACCCCGCAAGCCAAAACGCUCUGUUUCAAGUGACACAACAUUCUAGGAAAGAAAUAAGUCCUCAGACAUGACUUCCGAGUAUACGAGCCCUAGAAUGCUUAAUGACGCACUCUACAUCCUGAAAGAUCGCCUUGGAUUCAUAUUUUUUCCUCUUCCCUUACCAACCAUGUCUCGUUCAAAACAAAGAUAUAUUGAAGCCACUGCAACUCUUCCGAAAUUUCUUGGAUUGAGCUUUGAUCGGGCAGGCCAUUAUAAUCCUCAUUUCAUAUUCCUUAAGGCAGGGGGAACAUUGUCACUUUUUCCCCCAGAGGGUCGAAGAAUGACAUUUUGAAUAUGGCUGGCCGUCCAUGUGGAUUAAUGGUCGCAGUGCAUGUUCUCUGCCAGAACUGUCUGCAAAUUCGGGUUUCUAUCUCUUCUAUCGAUUUGGAGUUGGUAAAAAUUCCAAAGCAAAGUACUUCAAAAAGGGAUCACUGGAAUAUGUCUAAACUCUCUCCAAGUGUUAACAGAGGGUACUCAAGUACAAUUACUGUCAUGUCAUGGGCGGAGCUAAUAAUCGACAAACGGAAGCAAUCUUCUAUUUCAAUCGAUUGCUCUGGUAUGCAGCAUCAAGCACCUCGCUACUCCAGGCUAAGCAGUUGGUUCAAGAGGCGGGGAAUGAAGCGGAUGUGUGUGAUAAGUCUUGAUAAGUUUUGGCCUUUCAGUAUGCUUGCCCACUGGUUUUCAAUGAGUGUAUACUAUAUAUGUCUUGGAAAUUAUAGAGCAAUGAUGAGGCGGUAACGGAUGGGAAUCUCUUGACCUUCAAGGAAGUAUUCGGUGUAUCAGUAGAAAAUGUGGUUGUUUCACCCAGCAUUAUUUAGAGCGCCUUUGUACUGCGUAUAGUUAGAUUUCGGCUUAGCCGAGAUAAGUUAAGCGAGCUUGCUUAGUUACUUAGACAAGUACGCUGUAUGUAACUAUGAACAAACGACGCUGAAGGAAAUACAACUUCCAAGAUUAUCAGCAAGGGUUGAUCUAAAAAAGAUAUAUAUCGGGAUUCACUGAGCGAUAGAUAUUUUAAUAAAUCUGCAUAAUAACCCUGAAUUAUGGAUCGUUUUCGUAUCGCCAACCCGUUCGUUCGGCCGAUUUCGCUACAUAUCCGCUUAACCGUCCAUGUUGCUAUCGGGUUGUGACUGGCCGCGCCCAACAUGUGGCCACUUAAAUAUCUGGCAUUUACUUCUUGGACUGCAUUGGGGUUUACCUCGUGGCAUCUGUCGCCUGCAUUGAAUUUCGAUAGCCGAGAGGCGACGAUCGAAACAGUCCACGGUGAGCUAUUCUCAGGGAGGACAUCAUGUCGGGAAGUCGUAUUCUCCUUCCUGGCCCGGAUCGAGGAAUACAACCCGAAAAUCAACGCAGUUGUGAGCCUAAACCCGCGGGCGUUAGAGUAUGCGGAUGAUAUGGACAAAGCUUUUGGGGAGAAUAACGCCAACGGAUCCCUCUUUUGCAUCCCGAUCCUUUUAAAGGAUAAUUACAACACUGUCGACAUGAAAACCACUGGAAGUUCCAGGGCCCUGAAAGACUCCCAGCCAACAGCUGAUGCUCCAUCCGUCAAGGCACUCCGUGAUGCAGGGGCGAUUAUUCUAGGAAAAGUGAAUCUACACGAGCUUGCCCUCGAGGGUCUCUCGGUCUCUUCUCUUGGUGGUCAAACUUUGAAUCCCUAUGACUUGACCCGCACACCUGGCGGCAGCUCUGGCGGAACUGGUGCAGCCAUUGCAGCUUCAUUUGCGGUACUAGGGACGGGAACUGAUACAGUUAACUCAUUGAGGAGUCCCGCAAGCGCCAAUAGCCUGUUCAGUAUCCGUCCUACCCGUGGCCUGAUCUCUCGGACUGGAGUUAUUCCUGUCUCAUAUACGCAAGACGUUCUCGGGCCAAUUGCGCGAAGCCUGAAGGAUGCUGCUACUGCUCUCACGGUUAUGGCAAAUAUUGGAUAUGAUCCCCAGGACAACGCGACGGCUCUUGUCCCAGAAUCCGUAUUGGGUGUCGACUAUACUAAAGCGCUAGUUGCCCCAGGUAGGUUGAAGGGCAUUCGCCUAGGCUUAAUUGAGGGCUUCUUCAACCGCACUCGAGACUCCGAGACAAGCCCUGUAAAUAAAGUGAUGAACGACAUGAUAUCAAAGCUCCGAGCAGCGGGUGCUACUGUUAUUACCAUCCACGAACGCAUCUACAAUUCAAUCGAGAUUUCCAAGGACCUGGAUGUGCAGAGGUUCGAGUUCCGCGAACUGAUGGACGCGUACCUACAGAGCGAAACACUUGGAGGGUCUCGCCCGUCGAGUCUAGCCGAGCUGUACAGCAGCGGGGAGUAUCUUGUGAUUCCUGAACAACACUCCUACGUGACGACCGCCCUCGUUUCAUCAACAAGCAACGCAACUUACGCAGCGAGACAAUAUGGAAUCCAACACCUCAAACUUGCCCUGCAAACUACCUUCAAGUCUCACUCUCUGGACGCCAUCAUUUAUCCCGAACAGCAAAAUCUGGUUGUGAAAACGGGCUCCCCUUCACAAUCUGGUCGCAAUGGCAUUUUAGGAGCUGUCACAGGGUUUCCAGUUGUUACCAUUCCUGCAGGAUUCUCACCAGCAAGUAAGGAUGCGCCGGACGGUGUACCCAUUGGGAUGGAGAUACUGGGGUUACCUUGGACGGAACAGAAGUUGCUCAGUAUCGCGAGCAGCAUUGGAAAUUUAGAGCAAGUUAGACGCAUGCCACGGUUGGUUUCAAAGCCUGUGCGGUCUAAGAAGUAUAACUCUGUUCCCAUUAUUAACCCAAAUUCGGACGGCAUUUCUGGGACUUAUCCGCUUGGUCUCCUCGGAAAUGAGUAAUUGAGACUCCAUUUGGGUGUCAAUAUUUAUCUUUGCCAAACAUAACAUGCACGGACAGCUUUAAUGGCGAUGGUGGGAGGAUGCAUAGAACCUCCACUUGGAAUUUAUAGAUACCUUCUAUGGAGACUACAUAAUCAAAAGGGUGUUCUCACCCUUCGUUAUGCAGCUUGGAUUUCUUUCUGGCCUGGCUCACUUUAAGCCAUUGAAACCCGUAUCAAGGGUUCUGAUGAGUGACUCACUGGUCUCAUUUACAGCAGUUAUAUGGAUAAAAAUUAUUUUCAAGACCUAUAAGUGUCUACCUAGGCAUGUAGAUAGGCCUAUAUAAUGAAUUCUAUGUUAUCAAUUGAUAUGCCGCAGUUAUAUCUCCUUG